AUGUCCACCCAUGCAUCUCUACUGUGGUUUUGUAGUAUUCCUCUUUACCCACCUACAGGUUUGGUAGUGGCGGCUGAGAAAGCGAGGCUGGGCUCGACGCCGCCGAGCUGCCACAACAAGUGCAACCAGUGCCACCCGUGCAUGGCGGUCCAGGUGCCCACCAUGCCGGGCCACGACCGGGUCGAACCGGGCCGAGAAGAGCCGGCCUAUUAUUUCGACGCCCCGCCGGCGCCGCCGUCUUCCGCCGGGAACAGGUACUCCAAUUACAAGCCGCUCGGGUGGAAAUGCAGAUGCGACGGCCAUUUUUACAACCCCUGA